ACAACUGUUUGCUUCGUGCUCCGUAAUUUUAGCGAAAAAAACUAGAAAAUUGACAAAAAUAAUUAGUAAAAAUAGUGAAAAACGCUCCGAGAAUGCGUCGUCUUAGUUUUAGUGUAGUGUAAAGACAAUAAAUUGCCGUGAAACCUGCUCAAAAAGUGGCAAACAACAACCAGAAUCUUUUCUCUCCACUUCUGUGUUGUGCAUUGUGUACUCACCUUUCAUUUUAGUUUUUUUUUUUGUUAAUUUUUUAUAAUAAACACACACGCAAUAUAAUAUCGGAGAGCCAGACAAACAAACAUACGACGACGAAGUAUCAAGUAUCAAUCGAGCCGUUCUCCGUUCCAUUGUUCUUUUUGCAUCUCUCUGAUGCACGGACUCGGAUUUUCGAUACGGAGCAAAAUUGAACAAAGAUAAGAAAAAAAAAAUUAUCACGAAAUUUUAUGAAAUUAUGAAAAAUACUCAGAAUUUUUAAGAUUCGACGAGGAAAAAAAAUAAAAAAUUGUGCAUCAACAUCAAGUGAAGGUUAUUUAGGUGGUGUAAGAAGAACAAGAAGAGGUUCGGUGGCCACCGACAACAAACGUCAUGCGCUCUAGCUCCCAACUCCGACACACAACACUUCGUUAGCAUCAAUUUCCAUACAAAAUCGCAGUGUAGUGAACAAAGGAGAAAAUUGCAUGAAUUUUUUGUGUCAGAAAAAAACAAAAAAAAAAUAUAAUCUCCUUGAAAAAUAAUGGGAAACAAGUCCUAAGCCAGCGUCUUUCCAACAAAAUCUCGAUAAUUUCCCUACGAAAAGUCAAAGUGAACGCAGAAAAUCGAGUUUUCCCAUUUUUUGUUUGUUAUUAUUAUUAUUAGUAAAUCCAAUUUUCAAUCAGCUGUUCGUCGAUAUAUAAAUAUAUUUUUCUGCUGCGUGUCAAAAAAUACAAGAAAAAUAAUAAUAAAUCAAAGAAAAUGAUGCUUUUCACACGAAAAUAAGUGCAAUAAGGUGCAGAAAAAGUGAAUUUGUGAUCAAAAAUGGAGUAAAGCUAAUAAAAAAAUAUAAAAUUUCAAAAAGCAGAAAAUUUUAAUUCUCGAUAGAAAAUAGAAAAAAAAUUUGCAAAAAAAAAUUAUUAGUGAAUGUUUUUAAAAUGAGACCAAAAUGUGGAUUAUUGCUGUUUAUUUCAACAUUCUUGAUUGUUCCUCACAUAGAAAGUGGUUACGUAAAAGAAAUAGGAGAAAAUCUUCGUCUUAACGAAUACAUAUCGCAUUACGAGACAUUAGAUUACGAUACAAAACACAUCCAUGCUAGUCACACAAGAGCCAAGCGUUCGGUCACCAAAGAUCAUCACGUCUAUCUUAAGUUUAAGGCGCACGGAAGGGAUUUCCACAUAAGACUAAAACGAGAUCUUCACACAUUUAGCGAUAAUUUAGUUGUUGAUAGUACGAAUGGUCCAGUUAAUGUAGAUGCAUCACACAUUUAUCACGGCGACGUCAUCGGCGAUUCCAAAAGCCAUGUCUUCGGUUCGCUGCACGACGGCGUCUUCGAGGGCAAAAUUAUCACCGCACGAGACUCGUUCUACGUGGAAAAGGCGCGGCACUACUUCCCGAAUGCAUCGAGUGUGGACUUUCAUUCGGUGAUUUACAAUGAGCGCCAUGUCGGGGAUCCGUACGAGCACCUAAGGGAAGGUCAUGCUCCCGGCUGUGGGAUCACGGACGAAAUAUCCGACUGGAUGGAUCGCGUACAAAAUUCUGCUGUGACUGAAGACGAAGAAAAUAAAAACCCUAUUUUCCAUAAAAAUAAAAUUAAUAAUAAUAAAAACUCCGAUAAUAAUAGUAAGAAACAUAAUAUUAAGGCGCCGCCAACACACCACAAAAAACAUCAACCACUCAAAAAUAGUGAUAGUAGCAACAACAGCGGAAAUAGUGAUAGUAACAAUAAUCCCGAUAGUACCAAUAAGUAUAAGAAGAGUAAAUUUCCCAAGAAAUUCGCCGAAGAUUUUCGCUUUCCGUACGAAAAGUACACGAAAGAGGCGAAUUUCCGCGAUAACACGAGCCGCUCGCAGGAACAUUGGCACGAGGAAUCGCACGAACGUGUCCGGAGGGCAGCGCAGCGCCAAAAAGACGACAAUAAAAACACGUGCUCGCUGUACAUCCAAACGGAUCCGCUGAUCUGGCGACACAUUCGGGAUGGAGUUGCUGAACAAUAUCGCGGUAAGAAAUCCGAAGUAGAUGAGAAGACUCGAGAAGAAAUUUUAUCGCUAAUUGCACAUCACGUCACUGCCGUCAACUACAUUUACCGCAAUACCAAGUUCGAUGGUCGGAAGGAGCAUCGCAACAUCAAAUUCGAGGUGCAACGCAUCAAGAUAGAUGACGACUCGGCAUGCAGUGAUCAUUAUAACGGCGAAUCCAAUCCGUUUUGCAUGGAGAACAUUGACGUCUCGAAUUUCCUUAAUUUACAUUCCCUCGGUAACCAUGAGAUUUUCUGUCUAGCAUACGUUUUUACAUACAGAGAUUUCACGGGAGGCACCCUCGGUUUGGCAUGGGUGGCAUCCGCAUCGGGAGCAUCCGGUGGCAUUUGCGAAAAAUAUAAGACUUAUACCGAGACUGUUGGUGGCUUGUACCAAAGCACAAAACGUUCACUCAACACCGGAAUCAUCACAUUUGUCAACUAUAACUCACGUGUGCCGCCCAAAGUGUCGCAACUCACACUCGCACACGAAAUUGGACACAAUUUCGGGUCACCGCAUGAUUAUCCGGCUGAUUGUCGUCCCGGGGGCAUCAACGGCAAUUAUAUCAUGUUUGCGAGUGCCACGAGCGGCGAUCGUCCCAACAACAGCAAAUUUUCGACGUGCUCCGUGCGCAAUAUCUCCAACGUCUUAGAUGCCAUACAGGAAAGUAAGAAGCGAAAUUGCUUCCAAGUGUCGGAGGGAGCCUUUUGCGGCAACAAAAUUGUCGAGAGCGGCGAGGAAUGCGAUUGUGGCUUCAAUGAUGAGGAAUGCCAGGAUAGUUGUUGCUAUCCACGAGUCAUCAGUGAGCACGAUUUGAGCUUGAAUGCGACUGCCAAGGGAUGUACGCGUCGUGCACGAACUCAAUGCAGUCCCAGUCAGGGUCCUUGUUGUCAAAGUGAGACUUGUUCCUUUGUGCCGGCACGAAAUCGCGUCAAAUGCAAAGAAGAAACGGAAUGCAGUUGGAGUAGUUUUUGCAACGGAACGACGCCAGAGUGUCCCGAACCGAAGCCACGUGAUGAUAAAACGAAGUGUAACAAUGGUACCCAACUUUGCAUUAAGGGCGAAUGUGCUGGCUCAAUUUGUCUGUUAUGGAACAUGACGGAAUGUUUCUUGACGUCGCAGAUUAUCCCGCAUAUCGAUAAACGGAAAUUGUGCGAACUCGCGUGUCAGAAUGGCAAUGAGACGAGUACGUGUCGCAGCACGAGCGAAUUUGCACAUUUGUAUGGAUUGCCUCAUGGGGGCAUUAGUUUGAGACCUGGAUCGCCAUGUGAUAAUUUCCAGGGUUAUUGUGAUGUUUUCCUCAAAUGUCGCGCCGUUGACGCCGAAGGCCCACUCGUGCGUCUCAAAAACCUCCUGCUGAACAAACAAACGCUCCAAACUGUCGCCCAAUGGGUGACGGAAAAUUGGUAUGCCGUAAUUUGCAUCGGCAUUGCGUUCAUUAUCGUGAUGGGCAUCUUCAUCAAAUGUUGCGCCGUUCACACGCCGAGUUCGAAUCCGAAGAAACCUCCCGCACGCCGGAUAAGUGACACCCUGAGACGUCCCAUGAACACUUUGCGUCGCAUGCGUCAUCCGCAUGCACGUGCCGUUUCCGGUGCUGGACCAAGAAGUGUGCCAAUUCCGCCGGGCGAACAUCCGCAUAGAUCGCGAAGCGGCGGCGCUGAAAGAGGAAGAAAUGGCGAAAGAUCGCGCGGAGGAGAGCCACAUCGAUCUCGCGACGGCGGAAGUCGAAGUCAUGCGAGUCAGCAGAGCAGAAGUCGCGAUGGGAGACAGCAACAAGCGCACGGAGGAAGUCGCGGACCGCCAGCUCAUGGGUAUGGUGAAGGCAGGGGGCCACAGAAUUAUUAUCCACCGAAAGCCACCGCACCUCCAGCUCCGCACUAUAGCCGCGUCGUUGCUAACGGAGCUGAACUAUAUGCCGACGCAUAUCCGCCGCCAGCCAACAUAAGACCACCCAUUUACUCGGCAGACAUGCGAAUGCCGCCCCCACAAUCACAGCCAUUGCAUCACAACAACAAAGUUUGACCAGGCGACUACUUAUAGGAUAAGGUCGACGACUAUUUUAUCAUCUACUGAAACGGAAACUCAUCUAAGAGGAGAGAAAAUCAUCAAAAAAGAAUCUAUAAAUGUAAAUAAUUUUAAGAAUUUUCGUUUUUAUCUCAGUUUCAUUCAUUUAAAAAAAAUAAAUGAAAAUAUCGAACAAAAAAUUUUUACUUGGGUCCAGAAAAUAUAUUUAAAAAAUCCAAAAAGCAAGAGAAAUAUUUAAAAAAAAAUAAAUGUGACAAAAAAAAGUAUUUAAUUUGACUGUUUUUUGAUUAAUUAAUAAUUAUAUUAAUCGUGCAGAAAGAACAAUAUAUUUAGAAAGUUUAAAAA